GGAGCUCUGUGGUUGUGCGCUCUUCAAUUCACUGACACUGAUGUGUGGUUCUUUGAAAAUCUAUGGAAAAUUCUUUUUCAAAUCAUUCCAAAUGCCACGAGAUGGUGGACGUGGAGUUCGGGGAGCCCAUCACCUCUGCGCUGAUGUUCGCUGCCGGUGUCGUGGGUAACAUCGUGGCGCUGGUGCUGCUGGAGGUCCGGCGCAGGAAGACCAGCCCGUCCCUGUAUCACAUCCUGGUGACGGCGCUCCUCAUGACCGACCUGCUGGGCUCCUUCUCUGUCAGCCCUGUUGUUCUCACAGCCUAUGCCCGGGGGAAGACUCUGGUGGGGAUGAAUGCCGGCAAAGAGCUGUGCGCCUACUUUGGCUUCAGCAUGACUUUCCUGAGCCUCUCCACGCUCUCCAUUGUGAGCGUAAUAGCACUGGAGCGCUACCUCUCCAUUGGUCACCCUUAUUUUUACGAGAGGCACCUGAGCAAACUCCACGGUUACAUCACUGUGGCUCUCAUCUACCUGGGCAGCAUCCUGUUCUGCGUCGCUCCUUUUCUGGGUUUUGGAGAUUACGUACAGUACUGCCCGGGGACAUGGUGCUUCCUGGAGAUGAGCCACACGAAUAAAGGAAAGGAUCAAGUUUACAUCGGGUUGUAUGCGUCUUUCAUCCUCAUCGUGAUCACCAGCACGGUGGUGUGCAACAUAUCUGUCAUAUUCCACUUGGUGAUGAUGCAAAGGAAGCGCAAAGCGCGCCGGAGUGGAGAGUACGCGCGCUCCCGGUACCGCAGGUCUCUCUCCAUGUCAGAGGAAGUGGAGCAUCUAUUGCCGCUGGCUAUUAUCACUGUGGUCUUCAUCUGCUGCACCUUCCCUUUGGUGCUUAGAGUGUACAUAAACUUCACCAGCAGCCACACUGAAACAAGCCAUGCUAACCUCCGUGCCCUCCGUCUCCUGUCCUUCCACUCCAUCAUCAAUCCCUGGGUCUUCAUCAUCCCCUCCAUUGUGAGGAUCAUUUGGAGGAAGUUGCGCAAACCCGCAAAAGUCCUCGAUGAUCUGGGGGAAGACCCAUGCGUCAGUGACCGGGGGGGAGCCUUGCUGUGCAGUCACAGAACCACCUAAAUGAGUGGGACAGUGGACAUGGACGUGGAAAAGAUACACAAAGUUUCUGAGGCCUGUGGUGUAUUUCCGUCUGAGUGUGCCUGAAGGCAACCAACGGAACAGAGCAGGUCUUGUCACAGCUCAGACAAAGAUUGAUUGACAGGAUGUGCACUUGGGUUAAUUUGAGUUUUAGAUAACCCCAGCCGCUUUCCUGAGAAUAGACUUGUGGUGAAACACAUGACUGAAGUCAUCAGAGCGUUCUGUCAAUAAUUACACAGAAGUGUCCUUAUGUAUAAGAAAUAAAGUUGUUUGUCUUACAGUAAAAUAAUCAGCUUCAGGAAAUGAACAUGCAUAAGAUACAGAGUCAGGAAAUGAAUGUAGAUGAUGUCAGAAGGGUGAAGAACAUGAGCAAAUACACCUGGUACAUAGAGCCAAUUGUGGUCAAGGUGUAAUGAUGUAACACAAACAUCAGAUGAUCACUUUAAAGAUAAACCAAGUGUGAAGACUAAAGGUAGGUUUCCACACAGUGGUGAAGUGUCGACCAACCUCUGGCUGCUUUAAGCUGCGUUCACAUUAUAAACGGCUCUGCAGUGACUUUGCUGUUGUGUUUCUAUUUAAGUGUGCUUGUAGAGAAAGAAAAGAUUGUGAUGCAUCUUGAGAUAUAAGUUGAUCUAAUAUAUAAUAUGAUGUUGUUUCGGUCAUAUUGACCUGCUGUAUACUUAAAAUGCUUGUAUGUCAUUUCUGUGUAGUGCUUUUGAGGACUGCUGCAGUCUAGCAGAUUUAAUGCAGUUCCAUUUAUACUACAAAUGAAGUACCCUUUUACAUAGAUGUACCCAUCGGUCUGCCAUUUCAAGCAUGCACAUUUAGGUAUCACACUCUGUGUUACAUUGUUUGCCAGGAGUUAAACAUCUUUCAUUCUUGUUGUCUUUAUAUUCCUUUAAAGACAAAAUACACUCACGCUGUUGGUAACAGUGAAUGUUCACAAAGAACCUCUCUUCAAAACAAUCGUUUAGUAUGUUAUCUUUCUCCUCUUCUUUGCAAACAAGCUAGCGGUGCAUAUGCCACCAACUGAUCUUAACUGUGGACUGAAACAGCAGCAUGUGCAGUGAUUGCCUGUUUGAUGAUCAGAUGCUAUCCUUUCACAUGCUGCCCCGGAGCAAGUGGACCUAAAUGCAGGACACAUCAUCGUUCAGCAGAAAAUACUUUUAUUAGCAGAUAAUCCAUGCACAGCAGGCCAGGGCCGAACAGAACAGAGCUCUGAAUAAACAAGGACCCGAUAAACACUGACAAAAAAACACAACUAUACAAAAUACAUGAAGAACUAAUCACGAGACACAGCUGGGGAGGGCAGGCAAGACAGGAAAGCAGUAGGUGUAACGGUUCUGAUCAUCAAACAGGCGGGAAACACAGAGACAGAAACUACAAAGAGACAUAACUCAAGGGGUGACCAAAUCCAAAAUAUGUGACAUCAAAUUAUUAACCGGCCUUAAGGGUAAGCGACUGCCCAACUGUGUUUUACUGAAGUGGGUAAAAGGAAAGAGACUUGAUCAAUGUUAUUGGGCAGUUUUAUUUAUUUUUUAACCAGAUCACCUUAAGUAAAAAUGAUACUGUAUCUGUGUGAAAAACCGAUAAAAGGAGUAAAACAAUGAACCUC